AUGAAAUCAGAUGAAGAGAAAUCAAAAGAAUUAAAAGAUAGUAGUAAAGAGAUAUUAAAUGGCGAAAAAGAACAAAAAAUGGAAGUUGAUGAACCAAAAAAAGAUGCCACAGCAUCUGAUUCAACAACUGCAGAUUUAGAAAAUAAAAAAGAGAGUAGUGGGAGUGAUGAUACAGCAACAACAGAUGUAAAAAAAGAUGAUAGUAAACAAGAAAAUCAAACAAACGAUAACAACACCUCUGUUAAUGGUAAAGAUGAAAAAGAAAAAACCGAUGAAAAAGGUGAAUCUAAAGAAGAAAAGAAAGAAACAGAAAAAAAAGUAGAGGAGAAAAAAGAUGAAACUAAUGUUGAGGAAAAACCAAAACAACAAAUUGAGGAAAAAGUUGAAGAAAAAAAAGAUGAGAAAAAAGAACAAGAUAAAAAGGAAAAAGAGGAUGAGGUAAUGAAAGACCAACAAGAUAAAGAUAAAGAAGUAGAAAAAGAAAAAGAAGUAGAGAAAGAAAAAGAAAAAGAAAAAGAAAAAGAAAAAGAAAAAGAAAAAGAAAAAGAAAAAGAAAAAGAAAAAGAAAAAGAAAAGGAAAAAGAAAAAGAAAAAGAAGUAGAAAAAGAAAUAGAAACAAAACAAGUCGAAAAGGAAAUAGGAGAGGUAGAAAAGGAAACAAAAAAAGUAGAAAAUGAAACAAAAGAGGUAGAAAAGGAAAAAGAAAAGGAAAUGGAUAAAGAAAAAGAAAAGGAAGAAAAGUCAGAAGAAAAACCUCAAGAAAAACCUCAAGAUAAACCUCAAGAAAAGCCUGAAGAAAAAUUAGAAGAAAAAGAUAACAAAAACUUUGAAAAUGUAGAUAAAGAAAAGAAACAAGAAGAAAAUGUAAAAAAUAUUAAUGGUAAAGAAGAAUUAAGUAAAGAAUCAUCACCACCAAUAAUAGAUAGUAGUGAUAAUAAUAAUAAUAAUGAAAAAGAAAAUAAAAAUGUAGAUAGUAAUAAUAGUAGUAAUAAUAAUAAUAAUAAUAAUAAUAAUAAUAAUAAUAAUAAUAAUAAUAAUAAUAAUAAUAAUAAUAAUGGUAAUGACAAUGAUAAAAAUAAAAAACUUGAAAAUAUAAUAAAUGAUGAUAAAGAGGAGAUGGUUAUAGAUGAAUCAGUAUCAACAAAAACUGAUACUAAUAAUAAUAAUAACAAUAAUAACAAUAAUAAUAAUACAAAUGGUACACAAGAAAAAGGAAGGGAUUCACCAAUUAAUAUAGAAUCAAAUAGUAAUAUAGAUUUAAAGAAUAAAGAAAAAACAGCUCCAUCUCCUUCAACGCCUCCAAAUAAUUCGAAUACAACUACCAACAAUAAUAAUAAUAAUAAUAAUAAUAAUAAUAAAGAAAAACAAAAUGGAGGAGAAUCAUAUGAAGAAGUUGAUAAAUCAAAGAUUGAAGAAGAAUUAGAGAAAAAGAGACAGACAAUGUCAGAUAAUAUAGUGGUAACAUCACCGAAAAAUGUAGGAUCAAAUGGUGUAACUAAUAGUGUAACCGAUGAUGACGAUGAUAUGGAAGAAGAGUAUGAAUCUGUUUUCGCAAAAGAUAGGAAUCAAGAGGUUUCAAUCGCAAAGAGUAGUUAUAGUGCAAACAAAGAAGCUGAUUUAGAAACAAAGAAACGUUUAGAGUGUUUGGGAAAUAUGGAAAAAUUAGAAAAAGAGUUUACCGAUUUAAAAGAAAAAUUCUUUAAUGAUAAAUUAACUCAAUUAAAAAAAGAAAUUGACGAGAUAAAAUUAGGUGAACAUAUUAGUUUUCAAGAAAGAAUAAGAGAAUUAGAGAAUAAAAAAGAUAAAAAAUUAAUGAUCGCAGAGAAUUGGAAAAAUUAUCAAAUUCAAAGUAUUAUGAAUAUGUAUGAAGCCGAAAGACAACAAUACGAAGAUGAACAUCAAGAAGAGGCAACUCAUCUCAGAGAGAAAAUGGUUACUACCCUAUCAGAGAGACAAAAGAGAAUUUCAGAAGAAAAAGAAUCAAUGAGAAUGGUCGACAAUGAAUCAAGAAUAACAACAAGAACAAGAAGAAGAACUCAACAACCAAACACUCAACAACAACCUGUAUCUGUAAAGAAAAAACAAAAUCCGCCAUCCAUUGUUUAUAGUCUUAAAGAAAAUGAGAUUAUGGAAGAUUACAAUCUUAUUUUUAAAACUAGACGUUAA